AUGGCAGAAACUUCCACCUCCACAUCCACCCCCUCACCCAGCCACGAGAUGAAAACAUACAAAGGCUCCUGCCACUGCGGAACCAUAGCUUUCUCCCUCACCCUCCCCGAGAUCAAGCGUGUAAGCGAGUGUAACUGCUCGAUUUGCUUCCGGAAGGGGUAUGCGUGGGUGUUUCCUCCGGAGGGGGCUAAGAACCUGGUCUUUGAGGGGGGGAAGGGGGAGGAGAAAUUGAGGGGAUAUGAGUUUGCGGGGGGACGACGGGGCAUUUGGGGGUGUUUUUUUUUGAUUCUGAUUUUGAUAUUGGGAAAAGGAGAGGGGAGGAAAGAGUGAGGGUGAAAUGGAGUACUAAUUAGCCUGCGUAGUUUUGUCCGGUUUGUGGGACGGGUGUUAUGGGGAAGAGACAUAAUGCCGAGCCUGGGAUGGAUAUUGGGAUAAAUGUCAGUUCUUUAAUUUCAAUCUCAUCAUGAGAUUUCAUCUGACUCUGAAAUCAAAUAGGCUCGUACUCUCGAGGAUGUAGAUGUUUGGAAGUUGAAAGUAAGGAAGUAAGUGAAAUCAUCCUCCCAUCGAAACGAUCAAAAGUUAAAAUUCUAACAAAAAAACAAUAAAGAGUCGACGGAACAUCCUACGAACCAAAAUGGAUACCGCAUAAAUUCAUCGGUCCUGAGCCUACUGCCGAAAUCGAGGAUGCGAGGAUGUACUAUGGUUCUUGCCAUUGUGGAGCGACGACUAUUGCGUUGAAGAAUAAGGGAGGUAUUGAUCCCAGUACGGAGAUGGUGGAGUGUAACUGUACGAUCUACUACAAAGUACGUUUUCUCCCCUGUCCUUCCUUUCCUCAUCCUCACUCCCCUUGCUCUCCAUGGAAAAUAACCAUCCACAGCGCUCCCUCCGCCACAUCUACCCCCUCACAACCCAACUCUCUAUCGUCACUAACCCCUCCCAUCCCCUGACAUCCUACAUUUUUGGACGCAAGAUGAUGAAGCAUAUGUUCUGCUCCAAUUGCGGGAUUUAAGUGUACACUGUGAAAGAUGAUGUUGAUAAGGAGACGUAUCGGUUGUAUGGUAGACCUGGGAGUGAGGAGUUGGGUGAGCAGGAAUUGGAGAGGCAGUGGAGGGCUUGGGGGGAGUGGACGUGUUUCAAUGUUAGGAAUUUAGAGGGUGUUGAGUGGGAUGAUGUGAAUGUUAAGAAUAGUUAUUGGAGGAUGUUGAUAUUGGGAGGUAGACGAGCACUGAGGUGCGCAGGCUGGAAGUGAUGGGAUGGAGAGAUGAAUGGGUUUUUGUUUUUGGGGAUUUCCUUUUGUGGGGGGGCAUAUUCUUGCUUGGACGUGAUUAUGGUGUUAUUUGGCCCUUGUCCAGUUUAUCGUUCUCGUUACUUUCUAAAAUCUCAGAAUAGAGUAAUGAACUGAGACGAGGAAGAGAGAUGGGAAGUAUGAGGUUGAUGAGGAUUUACCUAGGCAGAGACGGGU